UAUGAGAAGGUAUUUAAUUUAUAGUAUCAUAGUAAGUAGGGUACAACAAUACAAAAGUCAGAAAAAUCUAUUAAAAGUCAAUCUGAAUAUUCUGAUCAUAAUAUUAGUUAUACAAGUACUAGAAAAGAAAUGCUUAGUGAAAGAUUAGUUAAUUCAGGUGAAUAGGCUAGACUUGAAGAAUAUUUAAAAUAAAAAUUUAUUGAUGUUGGUUGGAAAGAUGAUUUGAAAAAUCAUGCAAAAUGUUAUUUAUAUUAUUAUAUAUAUAGAAUUUAUUAGAGAAAAUGGACUAAAAAUAGUUCAUAAAGAAGAUUUAUAUAAAUUAUUAUCAGUCAAAGGAAAAGAAACUGUUCCAAUGAAAUUAAGAGAAGAUAUAGUUAGAAGAUUAGAAAGAUUCAUAAUUGAACUUGAAUAAGAAGAAGAAGGUGAAUAUGAUGAUGAAGAUGAUGUUUGA